AUGUUCCAUCUCACUCUCACUCGCCUUUUCGCCAUUUUUCUCGCUGUCGCAGCCUGUGCGACCGUUGUGUUUGCUGCCCCCGUCAGAGCCGAUAACCUCAUGACUCGAGGUGGUGUCUGUACUGAAAAAUGCAGCACUGGGGAAAAAGUCGUCGAAGAGCUGUCCAAGUUACGGUCGGAUGUCAAAACGUUGUUUGAAUCUACUAGGUGCGGUCUUUUGCUAGCUAUUACCAUCUCACCUUCUAAACUCAUCAUGGACGAUCCUCACAGCGGAGGCACAAACCCUGCAGGCAAGAUCGAACACAUUGUCAGUCUUUUCAAGGAGUCUAGCAGUCGCAUUGCCAAUAUGGAUAAAGACCAAACCGGGGAGUUAAACGGCCAGGCCGAAACAAUCAGGAACCUAUUGAGUAACAUCGAAGCUGACGCGUAUGGGUACAUUGGGGAAGCGGUAUCGGGGCCCUUGACUCUCCCCAACCCUCUCGGAGAGGCCCUCGGUAAUGGCAUAAAGGAUCCUUUUAGUGUCCUAAAGGAAUUUUUAAGGGAUUAG